AUGUGUUCACAGGCAGUACCUGGACCAGACAGUGGUGCCCAUCCUGCUGCAAGCGCUCUCCACUCUCGCCAAGGAGCGUACCUGGACCAGACAGUGGUGCCCAUCUUGCUGCAAGCGCUCUCCACUCUCGCCAAGGAGCGGCAGUACCUGGACCAGACAGUGGUGCCCAUCUUGCUGCAAGCGCUCUCCACUCUCGCCAAGGAGCGGCAGUACCUGGACCAGACAGUGGUGCCCAUCUUGCUGCAAGCGCUCUCCACUCUCGCCAAGGAGCGUCCGGCCGACCCCAUCAACUACCUAGCAGCGUUCCUGCUGAAGAACAAGUCGCAGUACGACACCAGCUCCGUCUCCACCGCUCCCAGUCAGUGA